AUGGACGCCAUUCGCAAGCAAAAAUACCAACAAGAAGGAAGGCUACCUAUAUCCAUCGAGUCUUUUAAUAAUUUUCCGACAGCAGCGGGAAUUGCAUCCUCUGCCUCCGGAAUGGCCGCUCUGGCUUUUGGAUUGUACAAGCUUUUCGAGCUCGAAGAUCACAUCUCAGAGCGGCAAUUGACUCAGUUGGCCCGCCAAGCGUCAGGAAGCGCCUGCAGGUCAAUUCCUACAAGUGGAGGAUUUGUGGAAUGGCAUGGCCCCACCACGGAGUGGCCUGACAAGGAGAGCUUUGCAGAAACCAUUCCGGCCUCAGAGGAGUUAAAUGAGCUUGUCAUCCUUAUCUACAUUUUUUCAUCAUCUAAGAAACACAUUUCAUCGACAGAAGGCAUGCGUCGUAGCGUGGAGACAUCUGCUUUUCUGAAAUAUCGCACCUUGAAUCUGGUCCCUGGCCGACUUGCUCUGGCUAAGGAAUUGAUCGCCUGUGGGUCCUUUUCCGCGCUUCUGGAGCUCAUCAUUAAGGACUCGAAUUCAUUCCAUGCAUGCUGUUUAGAUUCAUAUCCGCCAAUCAUAUAUCUUUCGUCGCUCUCGAAUUCUAUAAUUGAUGCAGUUACCGAGUUCAACGGUGCUAGUGCAGCCAGAGUUGCCUAUUCAUUUGAUGCAGGCCCCAAUGCAUUUGUCUUCCUUCGAGAAAGGGACCUUUCUGAUUGGAUGCAAUUUUCUAGAAACAAAAUUAGCCCUGAAAUCCAGGUAUUCCGGAGCGGACUUGGAAAAAAAGGUGCCCAUAUUGUCUCUUUCGAAUGA